CGGAGCCCGGCAUGCCCCGGCAAAUGGGAGCCGCCCGCAGAGCGGACGCCACGUGCGACCCUGAAGAGACGCGUGGGGCUUCCGGCUGCUGCCCCCCCUGAGAGAGUAUCUACCUGGCUUCCCUUGCCCCAAGCAGUGAACUGACUGGGAUGGUACCCCGGGAAACCCCUGAGCCUGCCAAGUGCCUAUGCCCUUCCCUUGCCAGCCUGAAUGCCAAGGAUGUGCUUCGGAGACGGCACAAGAGGAGGAGCCGACAGCACCAGCGGUUCAUGGCGCGGAAGGCCUUGUUGCAGGAGCAGGGGCUGCUGAGCAUGCCUCCAGAGCCCGGGGCCUCCCCGCUGGCCAGCCCAUCGGGGACAACACCGGCCACAGCAGCUGCCAGCAGCAGGAGGCAGCGUCCAAGGGCUGGAUCUGGCAGUGCCCCAUGCAGCAGAAGGCCCACCCGCACGGAAGCCUCUGGGCCCUUGCCCAGCAAGUAUGUGGCUAUUGAUUGUGAGAUGGUGGGCACAGGACCCCGAGGGCGGGUCAGUGAGCUGGCCCGCUGCUCCGUGGUGAGUUACCACGGCGAUGUCCUCUAUGACAAGUACAUCCGGCCUGAGAUGCCCAUCGUUGACUACCGUACCCGCUGGAGCGGUAUCACUCGGCAGCACAUGCGCAAGGCCAUCCCCUUCCAGGUGGCCCAGAAAGAGAUCCUUAAGCUCCUGAAGGGCAAGGUGGUGGUGGGGCACGCGCUGCACAAUGACUUCCAGGCCCUCAAGUACGUCCACCCUCGGAGCCAGACCCGGGAUACCACCUACGUCCCAAACCUCCUCAACCCGCCCGGCCUCCACACCCGGGCCCGCGUCUCUCUGAAGGAGCUGGCCCUGCAGCUGCUGCACAAGAAGAUCCAGGUGGGCAAGCAAGGGCACUCGUCAGUGGAAGAUGCCAUGACAGCCAUGGAGCUCUACCGUCUGGUGGAAGUGCAGUGGGAACAGCAGGAGGCCAGUAGCCCCUGGGCCUGCCCCAAGGACAGGGAGCCUGACAGCAACACAGACAUGGAACAGUACAUGGAGGACCGGUACUGGCCUGAGGACCUGGCCCAGGGCAGCAGCGGAGGAAGGAGGCAGACACAGGAUGGAAGGGAGUGAGAGGGAGGUGGAGCUCCCAGGCUGGCCUUCCCAGUGUUGGGGGAGGAGAAUAAGGGCCAGGGGAGCCCUGGGUGCUUCACCCUAGGCAGGGCAGGAUACAGCCAGCCCCAGGGCCAGAGGCAUGAGGACCAUCUGUCCCCUUGCUGCCCUCUGCCCACAGCACAGCCUUCUGUCUCUGCAGGGCUCUUGUUGGUUAUGUAUCCUGAUGCCUGUGGUUUUGCUAAUGGCACUUUAUAGGUUCCAUGGAGAAGUCAAGUGGACUAUCUCCUAGGGCCCAACAGACUGUCUCGGGUUGUCACUGGCCUUCCCCACUCCCAACUAUGCUGAGUCAUGCUGUGCUAUCUAAAGGGAUAAUGCCUUCUCAGGGGGUGGUGGGUGGGAGUGUCAAUGUCCUGGAGCUCCCUUAUCUCAACUCAGUGACUUGGGAUAAAGUUCUGUUCAUGUUGUUGCCACCUACCUCUUCCUCCAGAGUCACUUUCAUUUUCAGAAUAAAUAUGCCCUGAAGUUAAUGUUAAAGCCUCUAAAAGAGACAGUUCUUCCCCAUCUCUCUGACCUCGAACUCUGGCUACAGCCAUUGUAGGAACGUGGUGUUCCACGUGGCCCAUCACCUCCCUGCUAGGCUAUGACAGAAUAGCAGGGCCCACGGGCCUCCCGUGCAGAGCUGGGCCCUUCACGUACUUGACAUCACCAGGCUCAACUCAGAGAGGAAGGAAGGUAGAUAAACUUUGGAUAAGAACUGGCAUAUUUGUUUUGACCCAAAUCAGGGAUGCCCCCUGCCCACCCAGCACUGGGCUCUCUUAAGCAAAAGCCUGGGAAACAAGGCAGUGGUUUCAAUUCUGGGGCCCUUGUGCAGAAAUGGGCCUGACCUUUAUUAUUUAAGAGCAGGGCCACUGGUCUCUAGGGGGGCAGGGUCCACAUGUCCCCUGGGUGUUGGCAGCUGUGCUGUGUCCCUAAACAUCAUGUGGUGCCCCCUCAGCUCUUUGACAGUCACUGUGGCUGUUGGGUUUUCUCCUAAUUUCUAAAAAUGUUCUCUUUCCUUAUUUCUCAAGGGAUAAUUUUGAGGUAUGGGAGGAACCAAGAGCUCAGGUCACAAAGACCUUUGAGUCCCAUCUUUGGUUGCCACUUAGCUUUGAAACCUUAGGCAAGCAUGUGACUUCUCUUGAGCCUGUUUCUUCCUCUGUAAAAUGGGGACAGUGCUACAGCCUACUUCGUAGGGUUGUCAGGAGUGUUAAAUGUUAAGUGCUUAGCACGGUGCCUCACACAUGGCCGCCACAGCCAGCGACAGCUGCUGUUUAUUCUUUACGGAUUGGUUUCAACCCCUUCAGGCUCACCUGAAACUGAGCCCUCAGGUUGAGCAGCCGUGGCCCACACAGAACAGUCCUUGCUUGGCUGUUCCAGCAGGUGGGCUGGGGCAGGGGUGAGGAGGACACAGCAGGGAGGUUCAGGGUUUAUCCCUGUGUCUCCCAGGUGCUGGCUUCUCGUCAGUGUCCUAACACUGUAGUGACAAUGGAGCAAAGCAGCGCAGGGGUCAGGGAAGUAGGGACACUGCUGAAAUCACACUACCCCACCCUUCAGCAGAGGCUCCCACUCCGCACAGACUUAGGGUCAUAUAUUGUUGAGUCACUGGCUCCCUCCCUGUGGGCACAGAGUGAGGAGCUGGCUGAGUCAUUUACCACUUCUGGCCUGGCUCCAGGACUUUGUUCUGGAUUCCUUAAAAGUCUGUAGCUUACGCCAAACUCAAAGCUGAGCAGUAGCUCCAAUUCCUUGGGUUAAAGGGUUGAAGGAAGAUGGAGCUGUUACCAGUGGUGUGCUGUUUAAAAUUAGCUUUGUUGUAAAACCAUUUGCUCUGGAAUAAAAUUCAAUUGGAAAAGUGA